AUGUCCGCAAAGCAGCAUCCAUUUCUCAGAGGGCUUUCUGAGCUUCUGCCUUACCCAUCUGCCCUGCAAUCCGUCCCUCACAAUCAGCCGGAGACUUGGUUUGACUUAAAGCAGCCUUCGCUGUGGAUCAUCAUUGGCUCUAUAAUCUUCAACCCAUUGUUUUGGAAUAUCGUGGCUCGUCAAGAAUAUCACAACAAGCUACUCACCAAGCUAGCUGGUGGCCGCCCAUAUCUUGGCUGCUACUUGCUUGCUUUUACUAUCUUCUCUCUGGGUAUUCUGCGCGAUCACCUCUUCCAACAAGCAUUGGCCGCUCAGCCAAAUCUUGUUCCACAUCCAGACUACCCAACUGCCCAUAUUGUCCUCGCUUUUGUGCUCUUCUUCACCGGUCAAUUGCUGGUCAUUACUUCAAUGUUCGCAUUAGGUGUUACUGGAACUUAUUUAGGUGACUACUUUGGUAUUCUCAUGAGUCAUCGCGUCACUACCUUUCCUUUCAACGUCGUGGAAGAUCCAAUGUACAUUGGAAGCACACUCUGUUUCUUGGGCACUUCUCUGUGGUUCAGGUCACCAGCUGGUUUGGCAAUCAGUUUGUUUGUCUUCAUAGUCUAUCAAGUCGCUCUCAGCUUUGAAGGCCCAUUCACUGCCAUGAUUUAUACGGCAAAGGAUAAGAAGUCAGAGAAAGCACCAACAAUUGCAGCGGCAGAGCCUUCAGAACCAUCUCAAAAUAGCUCACCUGCUUACAGAACCAGAAGUCGUGCCAGAAAGGUUAUUGACGAGUAA